ACCGGACAGACCUCCGAAUUUCGAAUAGUCCAGGAAGAAAGUGCGAAGCACUUGAACAACGUGUCAACAAAUAGAAACACAGUCAAUAUUUGUGUAGGCGGCUCAUUAACUGGGCCAAAUCAAAUCACAACGGUCAAUAUGAAACACUUGUUGUUGCUGUUGCUUGGAACGUUGCUUAGCUCUAUUGCUGCUCAAUCGGAAUACGCUCUAAGCUAUGAGAAAGCACGCCAGGCUGUGUUGAAUGCCGAGGAGCAGCUGAUGACUGGCGGCCGCAUUAGUCUCAGCAGCGAUGAGGCCAAGGUCGAUGAUCUCUUCAUGCAGUACAAGCUGGGCGAAUUAGCGCAAGGAUUUCGCAAUGCCGAACAGAAUGCGGCUGCAAUGCACUUCUUCAAGGCAAAGCCACUGAUCGAUCGCAGCGCCAUCUUUCGAUUCCUCCAGCAAAUGCCCAAAGGAGCUGUGCUUCAUUUGCACAACACGGCGUCAGUGAGUUCCAAGUGGGUAGUCCAAAACAUGUCCUAUAUGCCGGGCAUGUUGCGGUGCACAAAUGCGCAGGGUCGAAGUCGUUUAAGCUUUAGAAAAGCACCCAAGGAACACGGCUGUUCAUCGCAAUAUGUGCUGGUGGCCGAUGAGCGUAGGAACUCCAUUGAUCCUGCGCUGUACGACGAGAACUUGGAGCGACUGUUUAACUUGUAUACGCCGGUGCCCGAGUUGGAGUAUCCUACGAUUACGGCCGUGUGGGACAAGUUCCAGGGCAUGUUCGACACCUUAAGUGAAGCCAUCUACUAUCUGCCUGCAUUUCGUGCUUAUCACUGGCAGCUGCUCGAGGAGCUCUUCAAUGACAAUGUGAUGUACGCUGAGUUACGAGUUGGACUGCAUGAACUUUAUGAUGCCAGUGGACGCACUUUUCCCAAGGAGCAGUCGGUGCGUGAAUUGCUGCAGCUUAACGAGAAGUUUGUGCGUCUGCAUCCCAAUUUCCUUGGCAUUAAGCUAAUCUAUGCCGUGUGGCGCGGCGCUGACGAGCAGAAGAUGCGUCAGAAUGUUGCACAGUUCAAGUUGUUGCAAAACAUGUUUCCCAAUUUUGUGGUGGGCUUUGAUUUGGUGGGUCAGGAGGAUAAGGGCAAGCCGCUCUAUGAGCAAAUCUCGGUUCUAAAGGAGCUGCCGCCCAACACGCGUCUAUUUCUGCAUGCUGGCGAAACAAAUUGGUAUAGCGCUUCAACGGAUAUUAAUCUGCUCGAUGCGCUGCUGUUGAAUGCCACACGCAUUGGCCACGGUUUUGCCCUGGUCAAGCAUCCCAUUCUUAUGAAUGCCGUGAAGACACGUCAAAUUGCCGUUGAGCUGAAUCCGAUUUCGAAUCAGGUGCUGCACUUGGUCUGGGACAUGCGUAAUCAUCCGGGUGCUCAGUACAUGGCCUUGGAUAUUCCGGUGGUUAUAUGCAACGAUGAUCCAGGCUUCUGGAAUGCUAAAGGAUUAAGCUAUGAUUUCUACUAUGCCAUCAUGAGCUUGGCUCCUAACAAUGCUGGCAUCCGAGUGUUGAAGAGUCUCGCUUACAACUCCUUGCGCUACUCGGCGCUAACGGAAGCCGAGAAACAAAAGGCUUAUGCAUUGCUGGAGUAUAGCUGGGGUCGUUUUAUCGACAAGGUGCUGCAAGGAAAGGUAUUUUAGACGUCUCAAUAAAACGGAAUCUUUCACUGC